ACCUAACGCACUAAUCCCCUCUCCGCUCCGCCGCCACCCCUUUUCCGGCGCGCCCCUUCCCCCGAUCCCCUCCGCUCCCGCCGCCGCGCUGAGCUUCUCCCUGCUUGCGACCAUCUCCCGCCGUCAACCUCCACCCUCCCACAAUCCCCGCCCCGGCGCUCCCUCCCCACACCCUAGCAGCGCCACAUCCUCCAAUCCCUAUCGCCAGCGGCGGCGUGCUUCCGGCGACACCACCGGACGUCGGCGAGAAGGAAUAGAUAUUGAUAGGCGCAGCAAAACGAAUCUUUCCUCUCGCCAGUCUUCCAUCUUACUCCAAGCCCACCUCCGCAAUGGCAGAGCCCUGCAAGAUUCCUGCUGCCAUGGUAGCCGAAUCUGUAGAGAGGUCAUAUGUGCUCAAAAUAGAUGGAUACUCGAGAGUGAAGGGGCUACUGAAGAACGGCAAGUUCGUCGCUUCCACCCCUUUCAGUGUUGGAGGCCACAACUGGACCGUGAAAUAUUACCCGAACGGUUGCCCCAAGUACUGUGACGAUUUCAUCUCCCUGUAUGUGCACCAUGAAUCUGCCGGUGCCAAAGAAGUGAAGGCGAAAUUGACGCUCAAUGUGCUUGACAAGAAUGGUAAUCCGGUGCCUUCCUACACCCGUACCACCCCUGUGAACACCUUCUCAAGGAAAGCUCCAACCUGUGGCUACUAUGACUUCAUCCCAAAGGAUGAGCUUGAGGGGUCGGCGCAUCUUAGAGGCGACUGUCUCACCAUCAGGUGCGAUGUCACCGUUUUGAAGGAGAUCGAAGAAGCAAUGGUUCCUCCAAGCGACCUGCACCGGCAUCUCGGUGAUCUCCUGAAGAGCAAUGAUGCAGCGGACAUGACCUUUCAAGUCGAUGGACAGAGAUACUCUGCUCAUCGGUGUGUCGUUGCCGCUCGGUCGUCCGUCUUCAAGGCGGAGCUCCUCGGCGCCAUGGAGGAGAGUUCCGGUAGUACUAUUGUAAUCCGGGACAUGGAAGCUGAUGUGUUCGAGUCCUUUCUCCAUUUCAUAUACACCGACUCAGUUCCUCCAGCGCUUGAUGUGGUGAUGGCUGGACAUCUACUCGUGGCGGCUGACAGGUACAACAUCGGCAGGCUGAAGGUGAUAUGCGAGGAGAAAUUGUGCAGUCACAUUGAUUCCAACAUGGUGGCUACCAGCUUGGCUUUGGCUGAGCAACAUGGUUUCCGUCGUCUCAAAGAAGCUUGUUUGCAGUUUCUUGCUUCCCCGUCCAAUUUGGAGGCUAUGAUGACAAGUGAUGGCUAUGAACAUCUGAAAUCCAGCUGCCCGGCUGUUCUUAAGGAGCUGAUAGCUAGAAUUAUCCCGGCUGAAUUUACAUCUGCAAAGGAUAUUAUCAUGACAAUGUGGAAGUAAUGCCUACCAUAUACCAUUAUCAUAUAAGUAUUGUCAUCCAGAUUUUAGUACCAAAGGAUAUAUUAUUUUACAUACUUACAUCUACAUGUAUGGUUGCGUGUAUGUUUCAGAAUAAAAAUGCUACAUAUCAAUCA